ACUUCUGUAUAAAUACCUUACACUCUGCUAGAUAAAUCUUCACAGCUCUUCCUCCUUUAAUCAAGUUCAUCUAUUCAUUGAAAAGAUGGGUUCAAUCGAUCAAACAACAAUAAAACCACAUGCAGUUGUUAUUCCAUAUCCAGCUCAAGGCCAUGUCACUCCAAUGAUGCAAUUAGCCAAACUUUUGCAUUAUAGAGGCUUUCAUAUUACCUUCGUCAACACUGAAUUCAAUCACAAACGUUUAAUCCGAUCAAGCGGACCUAAUGCUCUCAAAGGCCUACCUGAUUUCCAGUUCAAAACCAUACCUGACGGAUUACCGCCGUCUGAUCGUGAUGCAACUCAGGAUAUUCCGGCAUUAUGCGCUUCGAUAAGGAAAAGUUGUUUGGGUCCAUUUGUGGAGCUAAUCUCUAAGCUAAACUCAUCAGGAGAAGUGCCCCCAGUUACCAGCAUAGUUUCAGAUGGAGUUAUGACAUUUGGUGUUAAAGCUGGGGAGAUACUUGGGUUACCUGUGAUUUCAUUAUGGACUGCCUCAGUUUGUGGCUUGUUGGGAUAUUUGCAGUAUGCUGAACUCGUCAAAAAAGGCAUAGUUCCAUUCAAAGAUGAAAAUUUCCUUUCGGAUGGCACUCUUGACGCACCUGUCGACUGGAUCCCUGGCGUAAACCACCUGCGAUUAAAGGAUCUUCCAAGCUUCAUGAGAGUCACUGAUGUUAACGACAUUAUGUUUGAUUACUUGGACAAAGAAUCACACGACUGCUUGAAAUCUUCCGCAAUCAUAUUCAACUCAUUUGAUGAAUUUGAGCAUGAAGCGUUAGACUAUAUUGCUUCAAAAUUCCCAAGAAAUAACAUGUAUACAAUUGGUCCACUUCCCUUGCUUUGCAGGCAUUUGCCGGAAAGCGACCAUUUCAAGUCAUUUAGAACAAGCUUGUGGAAGGAAGACUCAGAAUGUCUAAAAUGGCUCGACAAACAACAACCCAAUUCAAUUGUGUAUGUGAAUUAUGGUAGCAUAACUGUAAUGUCAGACGAGCAGUUGAAAGAAUUCGCCUGGGGUCUCGCCAAUAGCAAACAUCCAUUUUUAUGGAUUCUUAGGCCCGAUGUCGUGGAGGGAAAUGACGCGAUUUUGCCUCAAGAAUAUUUCGAGGAGAUAAAGGAUAGAGGGUUGAUAGUCAGUUGGUGUCCGCAAGACCAAGUGCUUUGUCACCCUUCAAUUGGGCUAUUUCUAACACACUGCGGGUGGAAUUCUACGAUAGAAUCCGUAUGUGGUGGUGUUCCUGUAAUUUGUUGGCCGUUCUUCGCGGAGCAGCAGACGAAUCGUCGAUAUGCAUGCACAACUUGGGGCAUGGGCAUGGAAGUGAAUGAAGAUGUAAAGCGUGAUGACAUCGAGGCUCUUGUUAAAGAGGUGAUGGAAGGAAAUGAAGGAAAAAAGAAGAGACAGAAGGCUCAAGAAUGGAAAGACAUAGCUGUGGAAACUACAGAUAUUGGAGGCAAAUCUUACAGCAAUUUUAAUAGGUUGCUUAAGGAUGCUUUCAACCAUUAUAACUAGUUCGAUCUGUUCUAAACUUUGUUCUUCAUAUGUACUGGUUUGUGUACUACUUCCAUUUACUAUCCUGUGCGUUUGAACUUGCGUGAAAUUCCAUAUGCUAUAUUAAUAAUUUAUAUUUAUGUUGUUCCAAUUUCAUGCUUCAUAAAUAAUAGAGAAGUUAUAUAUUAUCAUCA